GAAGGGAAGGGAGAAGGCAGGGCUCGGCCGUUGGGCUCCCCGCUGUCUCUAGGCAACGGCUACUUCCUGUCAGGGGAAGCCGGGCCGGGAAAGAGGCCGCUGGGAAGGGGAGUUUUCUCGAUCUUCCCACAAGAGGGAACCCCUGUGAGGCAAUGGCCAGCUCUGCAAAGAGCCUUAAUGAGAAGAAGUCUGGAGGGAAGGUGGCACCUGCCCACUUCCUCUUCCAGUUGGCUGCAGCUUUGGACAACCCCACCAUCAAAUCACUAGAGUGGCAUGAAGAUGGGAAAGGUAUUCUCCUCCACACUAGCCUGUAUGAAGAGGAGAUCCAGAGGCACCAAGAUCUGUUUCCGGAACUCAGAAACCUGAAGCCUGUUUCUGUGCUACAAGCCUGGCUGACAACCUAUGGCUUUAAAGCAAAAAUAACUAAAAAUGAACCCGACAUUCUUGCAUUCCAGCAUGCAAACUUCAAGAAGCUCUCUCUAUGGGCAGUGGAGGGAUAUGGCCCAAAAGCUGAUGCUCCUCUCAAACCUGAAGUUCCAAAGCAACCCAAGAAAUCCAAGAAAAGGAAAAGUUCAACAGAUACCAUAGUCACCCCAUCUGGCAACACAUUGCCUCCAGAGUCUGUGGGUGCAGAGAGGAAGUCCCAACGUCUUCGCCCUUUAUACCAAUACAUCAAUUAUGAUAAUCCAGAGAUGAACAAACCAUUGGGUAAGGAAUGUGACCUGAACCAACAGGAGACUCCUCCUACCCGAAGAAGUAGAACAGCCCCUUUAGAAUUGAAAAUAACACCAAACACAGAUGACAAAGGCAAAGAACUGAAAGGCUCAGUAAGUGGCACAUCAGGAGCAACAGUGAGAACAGAGGUAGACAAGUCUACUCAGGUGGAUAUCAGUAAGAUGCUCAGUGUCUGUGCAGCUCACCUUGUCCCACCGUUGUCGCCACAACACAAGUAGUAAUAUCUAGUAGUAUGCGUAUCCAUGAAGCAAGCUUCAGAACAUCAAAAAUGACUUUAGCUCUUUAAAUCUUUACAGUGCUCACAGACAUAUUGUUUUGCUAACCCUUCCUUUUGUCCUGUAUUUCCCUUAGCAUUGUUUAUUAUAUUUAGGUCUCAAGUCAGUAUUUGUAGCUGUCUCAUCACUUACACAUAAAAGGAAAUUGGAUGCCAGCCCAUGUAGAUGCAGAAUACUGUGAAUUAAAUGUACUGCCCAAAAUUCUCUUUUGAAAUUUUCACAAAUUUUCUAACAUGUCUGAGCCUGUAGCAGAUAACUGGAAUGAGUGUGCAAACCAGCUAUCUCAAGUUUAUGCUGCACGAGUGGAGUAGCGUUCUGGCUACCAGUUCCUGAACAACAAGAUAAAAAAAAAAAACACCACACAUACACACACAAGGAUACGGAUAUUCAAUUUAUUUAUUUCAACUACCUAUGUUCAAUGUGGCAUCCCACAAAUGGGUUGGAAUAUAACACCCAUCAUAUCAAUGGCAGCACUGACUAGCAGUCAUGAUCACUGCUGACCAGCACAUCUGGGGGCACCAGGAUGAGGAAGGCUGAACUCAACAUUCUCAAAAGGGAAUAGUACCAGAACACAAAAUUAACACGGAGUCUGUUUCAGCCUCAAAGAACUCUAUUAUCACUUAAAUGAAUGUCUUCAGGUAUGCAAAGAAGAGAUGGGGGUAUUCAUAUACAAAUACAACUAUCCUGUGCAGCUGGACUUAAUGAUGGUCCGGGCCAACUCACACAUCCACCAGCACCAGCAGCCCCGUUCAUCCUUCAAAUCACUCAUGAAGCACCCCUCUCUUCCCGCUCAGCUGGCCUCCCAGUGGCAGCCGUGCAGGGAGACUCGUCCUA